AUGAUAGCUCAUGGUGAUGGUGAUGAUGAUGAUGAUCAGGGACCAACAGUGAUGAGAACGGGUGCUGGCGCUAUUGGAAGGAGUUACUACCGACCAAGCGGUGCCAGUCGUAUUUGGCUGGACGAGGUGACGUGUACGGAUUCUGACUUAGAAAAAAUCGAGGUUCACCCACUAAACCGACUUCUGUUCGUAUCCGACGACGGCACCGACACCAUUUCCAUGAUGAAGCUGGACGGCACGGGGUACAAGACCAUCAUAAACAGCCAGCUUGACAAACCGCGCGAGAUCGUGUUGGACCCAAAACAGCAGUACGUAUAUUUUGAGAACGAAAAUCUGUACUUCACCGACGGCUGCACCAACAACAUCGAAGUGGUCGACCUGAACGGAGGUAACCGCCGCCUGGUCCUACAGAACGACGCGUCUCACAUGUAUUCACUACAGGUGUUAGGAAACUACCUCUACUACACAGACUGGAACACACACUACCUAAUGCGCAUGAACAAGGACGGUACGGGCAAGACGGUGGUAGUACCUCCAGGCUUUAGACAGCUCACUGACGUCAGGAUUCACGAGUGCGGCAAUGGAGUCUCGGGAGGCAUUGGCAAACGAAACAAGCUGGUUUUAGCCAAUCGAAAUGCAAUUACCCGUGACGUCACCAGUUGUGCGAAGUGCUGCUUUGUCGACAGAUGUAAUAAACAUCUCUGUCCCCAACAAGCUUUGACAGGCACUGCGCUACCUGCGACAAGUCAGAUGUACGUACGUUUGAUCGGGGGACCCAAUGCCUAUGAGGGAACGGUGGAGAUUUACCACGCAGGACGCUGGGGCGCCAUCUGUGACGAUCACUGGACAGGGGAGGACGCAGGUGUCGUGUGCGGCAUGCUGGGAUACUCAAGAACGGGUUCUGGCGCUAUUGGGAGGAGUUACUACCGACCAAGCGGUGCCAGUCGUAUCUGGCUGGACGAGGUGACGUGUACGGGUAACGAGCCCAAUCUCUCCAGCUGCAGACACAACUCCUGGGGGGUGACCGACUGCAGCCACAGGGAGGACGCAGGGGUGCUGUGUGAGGCAGUUUCUGUCGAAAACGACAUGAUCUUUUUGGUUGACGCUGGUUUGGGUGGCGUCAUAUUCCGCAUGAACCUUCUGACGCAAAGUUACGUGAUGCUGCCCAUGAACCCUAUCUACUCGCCCACGUCAAUCGAUUACGACCCGAUUCAGGGCAGAGUCUACUUCGUCGAUCCCAAACUUAACCAGAUUCUUAGCGUCCACUUUGACGGCACUGACGUCAGAGAGUUAAAACAGCUGACAGCAGAUUCUGACUUAGAAAAAAUUGAGGUUGAUCCACUAAACCGACUGCUGUUCGUAUCCGACGACGGCACCAACACCAUUUCCAUGAUGAAACUGGACGGCACGGGGUACAAGACCAUCAUAAACAGUCAGCUUGACAAACCGCGCGAGAUCGUGUUGGACCCAAAACAGCAAAUGAUUUACUGGAGCGAUUGGGGCAGAACACCAAAGAUCGAAAGAUCCAAAUAUGAUGGCAGCAACAGACAAACCAUUGUGUCUACUGGUCUGAAGUGGCCCAAUGGAAUGGCUAUGGAUUAUGUGGCUCACAAGCUGUACUUCACCGACGGCGGCACCAACAACAUCGAAGUGGUCGACCUGAACGGAGGUAACCGUCGCCUGGUCCUACAGAACGACGCGUCUCACAUGUAUUCACUACAGGUGUUCGGAAAAUACCUCUACUACACAGACUGGAACACACACUACCUAAUGCGCGUGAACAAGGACGGUACGGGCAAGACGGUGGUCGGACCUCCAGGCUUUAGACAGCUCACUGACGUCAGGAUUCACGAGUACGGCAAUGGAGUCUCAGGUAUGACGCCUGCGUCCCCGGUUCACUUCGACCCGUCCCACGUGUUCGUGCGGAUGAUCGGCACGGCGACGAGCGGCCGGGUGGAGGUGUACGCCAACGGACAGUGGGGGACGGUGUGCAACGACCACUGGGACAACCAGGACGCCAAGGUCGUCUGCGGCAUGAUGGGAUUCAGCAAGACCAUGGCUCUGGCCCAGUCUCGGGCGCCGAGGGAGGCGGUCCCUCACCUGAUAGCCCUGGACGAGGUGAACUGUACGGGGACGGAGAAGAGUAUCGUCGACUGUGGCUUCUCGGAGAAGAACUGGGGACAACACGACUGUACUCACGAUGAAGACGCCGGGGUGGCCUGCUCGCUGGCGACAGCGUCAGACAACUUUCUUCUGUUCAGCGAUAGCAGAACUGGACUGAUAUUCAGAAUGGAUUUGAAUACGUACAGCUUCAGUACCAUCCCACAGCCCCACAGUCCCAACCCCGUGGCCUUGACCUUUAACCCGCAUGAUCAACAUAUCUAUUACACAGAGGUCGUCCCCGAUCCUGGCAGCCAAAUCAGGACAUCGGGAUUGGACGGAAGUGACAUCAGACUUGUCAAACGACUUCCGAGAGGGAGUGUUCCCGAUGGAAUUGCCGUGGACGGGAAAGCUGGAAUACUGUUUUAUACAGACACCGGAAGCGACACCAUCAGCUCAAUGCAAACGGACGGGACAUCGCUGCAGAUAUUAAUCAACACCAACCUUGACGAACCGCGGGCCAUUGUUCUCGACCCUGAUAAUAAGGUGAUGUAUUGGACAGACUGGGGCGCAUCUCCUAAGAUCGAGAAAGCCAGUUACGAUGGAUCUAACAGGAAAACCAUUGUCUCCACCGGCCUGAAGCUGCCAAACGGCCUCGCCAUUGACAGAAACUCUGGACUUCUGUAUUUCUGCGACGCUGGAACACACAAGAUAGAGGAGAUAGACAGUAAUGGCGGAAGGAGACGAACCGUUUACACAGAUAACGCUGCUCACUUCUUUGGUCUGGCCGUCACUGACCACUUCCUGUAUUUCAGCAACUGGAAUGAAAUCGGAAUCAUGCGAGUGAACAAGGACGGCACUGGGGAGGCGAUGGCCGGACCCCCGGCAUUCACCCGAAUCAACGGUCUCUACCUAUACCAGAAUGCAUAGCCUCCGACCAUCAACUAUUAUGACGCUUACUACACGUACUAUGCAAAUAAAUAUGAUACACAUAAA